AAAGUAACUCUCAUGCUUCAAAAAAUUUGGAUCAUACAGCAGGUUAUUGGGGAUGCUCAGUCUUGCCUUCUGCACCUAGAAUCCAACCAAAUUUGUUUUGAGUUAGCUCAUGACUACAUCAAGAUAUGAUUCCCGGUGUCUGGUUUCUUGUUUGUUUCUUAUUGUUAUCAACAGCAUGUUCCUCCAAAAAUAAGAACAAUAAUGAAGAACUGUAUCACCAGGGAGGAAGUUCCUGCUGGAUUUUUGCAACAAUUUUUGGAUGGCAUUGCUUCAUCAGUGAGAUGGUCAACCUAAAAGGAGCCUUAAGUCGCUGUACACAUAAAGGGACAUAUGGGGAUUAUUUCUGCUGACAGCAUACUGCUUUCACUAAGUUAACGCAUAAACUAUAGUAUGCUAGUUAGAUCUCUUAUAAGUGUUACAAGUCAGGUGCACUUUGAGCAGUUACAUUCGCUUGUUAGUGGAAUCUCAAUAUGCUCAUCUUACACAUCAAUAGGAUGUAGAAAGACACCCAUGCUAUGCUACUGCUAUAACUUGAGGAACAAGUCCAUAUUGAAGUUUUGUGACAUUGUUUUUUGUGGCAUCAGCUUAAUUGGUGAGUUGAUCUGCCUUAAAUAUAACUCCAAACCCAAAUUAUAAUUUUUUUAAAACAAAUUUCAACUCAUGAAAAUUAAAUGUAACAAAAUCAUUUGAACCUAUUUUGACUGAUUUUUUUGCAUUGGUCACCGACUUUAAGAUUCCUAUCAGGUUUCAGGGGCUCAACAGAUAGAAAUACGAGAUGGAUUCUCACAUUGCAUGAAAUUAAGAUGCUAUUUAUCAUGAUUUUCUGAUAGACGAAGUAGAUAUGUCCAAAAUUCCUGAAUCAAACGAACCGCUGCAACCCUGGUAUUAUUGUUCGUCUUCGGCAAAAUCUAAUGGAUGGUACUUUAGUCCAUGGUCAGGGUCAAAGAUUUUCCUUUCUAAAAGGCAUUCAAGCUUUAAUUACUGAAGCCAUUUUCAUGCUUCUCUGUGCAUUAAGGUUUGAUCACGAGAACUUAAUUCACCACUUAUAUGUAUAUAACCAGAGUUUGCCUCCAAGGACAAGAAGAAAGUUCAUUGUAUGGGGGGAACUCUUUUCUGUCUCAUCUUGUGUUAUGCUUAAUGUCUUGUAUUCUUUUCCUCGCGGUGCCAUAACACUAC